GCAUCGUGUGACAGUCAGGUCAGGCCGUAAAGAAGGUUGCAUCGAAGUUUGAUUAUUUAAAGUUGAGGAAUCUCCGUCGAAUCCGAGACCUCUGUGGUUCCAUUCCUUCAAUCGAUUAAAAAAAGAAGGACAUUGAGAACUUUUGGAGCCCGGCCUUCCCCGUUUAUAGCUGCUUUUACUCAUUUAUCUACUGGCCAAACUCAUAUGAAUUCUCCUCUGACUCGCAGGAAUUAAAGCUGAGUAAAGUACAACCAGUAGUUGAACCUUUUUAAGGAUGUUGGAGAAAAUUGAGCAAUUCAAUCACGAGAAGGUGAUAGAGGAAUUUGAAGGAUUGACAAGGGAUGCAAAACGAGUUCAGAGAGAAACUCUCCAUAAAAUUUUGACAGAAAACUGUGAAGCAGAGUACUUGCAGAAAUGGGGCCUCAAUGGAAGAACCGACCCUGAGACAUUCAAGUCCCGUGUUCCGUUGGCUACUCAUGACGAUUUGGAACCUUACAUUAAGAGAAUUACAGAUGGAGAUGUUUCUCCUAUUCUUACUGGAAAACCAAUUACGACCAUCUCUCUAAGUUCUGGAACAACACAAGGGAAGCCCAAGUUUGUUCCUUUCAAUGAAGAGUUGGUAAACUCCACGAUGCAGAUAUACCGGACAUCCUUCGCCUUCAGAAAUAGAGAAUUCCCAAUUGUGAAUGGAAAAGCUUUGCAGUUCAUCUAUAGCAGCAAGCAGUUCAAAACAAAAGGGGGUCUGGCAGCAGGCACUGCCACUACAAAUGUUUACCGGAGCUCACAGUUCAAGAAAACAAUGAAGUCAAUCCAGUCCCAGUGUUGCAGCCCAGAUGAAGUAAUAUUCGGGCCUGACUUCCACCAAUCCUUAUACUGCCAUCUCUUAUGUGGGCUCAUCUGCUAUGACGAAGUUAAGACAGUGUCUUCUACAUUUGCCCACAGCAUUGUCCAUGCAUUCCGGACACUCGAACAUUGCUGGGAGGAACUCUGCAUUGAUAUCCGAGAGGGGGUCCUUAGCAGCCGAGUCAAUGUGCAAUCUAUCCGAACAGCUAUGUCAAAACUUCUUAAGCCGAACCCUGAACUAGCAGACUUGAUUUACAAGAAAAUUUCAGGAUUGAGUAAUUGGUAUGGCGUAAUACCAGAACUUUUUCCUAAUGCCAAAUACAUAUAUGGGAUCAUGACAGGAUCCAUGGAGCCAUAUUUGAAGAAAUUGAGACAUUAUGCUGGUGGACUACCUCUGUUAAGUGCAGACUAUGGGUCUUCUGAAGGAUGGAUUGGUGCCAAUGUCAAUCCUACGUUGCCUCCCGAGCAGGCCACUUUUGCAGUGCUUCCGGAUAUUGGCUAUUUUGAAUUUAUCCCUCUUCAGGAUGAGAAUGCUUCUGGAGUCCUUCGUAUUGAAUCAAAUCCGGUGGGUCUAACUGAAGUUAAGAUUGGAGAAGAGUAUGAAAUCAUCGUCACAAAUUUUGCAGGUUUAUACAGGUACAGGCUAGGGGAUGUGGUGAAGGUGAUAGGCUUCCAUAAUUCUACACCAGAGCUCCAGUUCGUUUGUAGGAGGAGUCUCCUACUGACAAUCAACAUAGACAAGAACACAGAGAAAGAUUUGCAGCUAGCUGUAGAAGAAGCGAGUAAACUGUUAUUGGAAGAGAAGAUCGAGGUAGUUGACUUCUCGAGCCAUGUAGACGUUUCCACAGACCCUGGCCACUAUGUGAUCUUCUGGGAGCUCAGUGGUGAGGCAAGUGAAGAAGUACUUAAUAAGUCUUGUGAUUGUUUGGAUCGGUCUUUCGUGGAUGCAGGCUAUGUUAGUUCUCGCAAGGUUAAGACAAUUGGACCACUUGAACUCCGGGUCGUCAAGAGAGGAACCUUCCAGAAGAUUCUAGAUCACUUUCUCGGGCUUGGAGCCGCAGUCAGCCAGUUCAAGACCCCAAGAUGUGUGGGUCCUUUAAACACAAUUGUCUUGCAGAUCCUUUGUGAUAACGUAGUUAAGAGGUAUUUGAGUAAGGCUUUUGCCUGAAAGGUAAUGAGUGGGUUCUUGAUCCUAUACUUGCUUGUUUGUUGUGUGUUAGUCCU